AUGUUUCGAGUACGUGAUUUCCUCAUGUUUGUGACCAUGGCUUUGCUAAUAAUGGUCCAAAUCAACGUUCAAGUAGAUUGUGCGCCAGCUUAUACCAGUGCUAUUAAACCAGCUUGCCAACCGUGUCCUCCGUGUCGUGGUAUUGUUGCAAGACGAGUCUCAUGCGACAUCGCUU